AUGGGAGCUCAGAGCAGCGUCACCCUCUGUGCGGCGCCGCCUCGCUGGCUGCGCGUCAGACAAACACACACAGACCUGGCCACUGUGGGCAGCCUGGAUGUUGCUACGACCCUGAACAACAUGGUCAACCUGACCCAAAUGGGCAGUGAAAGAGAUGCCUGGAUCGGUUUGUACGAAGACAUCCAGAGCUGGAGGUGGUCUCUGGUGAACGACUCCUUCUACCAAGGCUACAGCACCCAGUACAGGAACUGGAUUUCUGGGCAGCCAGACAACGCUGGGUCCAACGAGCCCUGCUCAGAGAUGAACGACCUUGGGCAGUGGAACGACCUUCCAUGUGAGGCGACGCGUAAACCUCUCUGCAUUUCUGUCAGCAAUGCUCAGUCAGCAUCAUUUUUUGCUGUGAACUCCCUGAUGACGUGGAGCCAAGCGCAGAGCCACUGCAGGACGAACUACAUGGACCUGGCCAGUGUGAGGACGUCAGCAGAGAACAGCAAGCUGCUGGCAGUGAAGCCUUCAGGGGAGUCCUACUGGCUGGGCCUUUACAGAGACACCUGGAAGUGGUCGAACGGAGACGGCAGCCACUGGACGUCCGGCCAGCCUGCUGGCUCCACUGAGCACUGCACCACAGCGUACUUCAACGACACGGGCAGAUGGAGGGACUGGUUUUGCAGCUACGCCAAGCCAUUCAUCUGCCACUACGACCCGGUUCCUUUUACACAGCAUGUGAUGAAGAUAAAGCUGAGCAGCUCCACUCUGGACCUGAAUGACGCAGCGGUCCAGACUGACCUGCUCAACCAGGUAAACCCGGCUUGGUUCUGUAGAUCCAGGUAUCUGCGUCGUCAUGGUAACAUAACCAUGGAUGACGGACUGAAAGGAAACCUGAGUCUGAGCUGGAAGCGGAUCGGUGGGAAGAUCUUCUACACGGAGCAGGCAGUCCAAGGAUGA